GUUCGGGAGUGUGAUGGCUACAUGUACUUACAAGGCCAUCGUGUGAGACGCGAGGGAAAAAAAACAUCAAACAAAAACAGAAGAAUCUGGAAAACAAUUUUCUGUAAAGUGUGAGGUUAUGUGAAUCUUGGUUUUGAUCAAUUAAAUUAGUUUGGCCGUUUUUAAGUGUGUUAAGGAAAAAAUAUAUUCCGAUUUUAGUGUAGCUCAUUGUAUAUGUUUUUCAUAAGUUUUGGAGCCGUCAAAUCAUACAAUUUCAAGUUUUCAGUGUAGGACGUGUUUGUUCAUAUAAUAAACAAUAGGUCCAAGCAAUAUAAAAUCCCAAAAAUAUAAACGUUAUUUUAAGAUGGAGAAUAGUGAGAGUGGAGACGAUAUUAGUAACACUUUUUUGACGGUUGAUUCACAGAAUUACAUUGUACAGGGGGAAGACCUUGAUGAUGACGGGGAGGCGGGGCUCACGGCGGAGAACACUGACGACUCGAACCAGGGCGGCAGCGACAAGCAGGGCUAUCUGCUCCGCGAGCAGGACCGCUUCCUGCCCAUCGCCAACAUCGCCAAGAUCAUGAAGCGGGGCAUCCCGGACCCGGGCAAGAUAGCCAAGGACGCGCGCGAGUGCGUGCAGGAGUGCGUGUCGGAGUUCAUCAGCUUCGUGACGAGCGAGGCGAGCGACCGCUGCCACAUGGAGAAGAGGAAGACCAUCAACGGCGAGGACAUCCUGUUCGCCAUGACCAACCUGGGCUUCGACAACUACGUCGAGCCCCUCAAGAUGUACCUGCAGAAGUAUCGCGAGACAACGAAAGGGGACAAGCCCAUGUCGGGGCCGGAGAUGUACGUCGAUGAAGAUUUGGCCGAAGAAGCGUUUAGUGCGCAGGCGCUGGGCGGCAACAUCCUGACCACGGACCAGAACGGCCAGGAAGACACUGUCAUCUACUACCCGGAGCAGAUACAGCAGUACCAGCUGGCGUAGUGCGGUCGCGACACACCGGUGUAUCGGCAGAGUGCUUGUGGAUCAGUGCCGUGUACGGAGGUGGUCAAAACUAAGGGUGCAUCUUCCAUCGAACACGGCAGUCCGGGCGGGACUAGUGGAAUAUUGGUUUCGUGUGAUUUCUAGCUGUAUCGAACAGUUAUCGUAAGCAAUUUUAGAAUUCUGUAACCUGUAUUAUUGUAAUUACUUACUCCGGUGUUUUUUUUUUUAUGUGAAUUGAUUCUCGUUGUUUAACUUUUUUAUUUUAAAAGGUUUUGAAAUAAAAUAUACUGUAGUGAAAGUAAGCUAUUUAUAGUUGUACCUUUAAAUAAUAUUUGUGGUGUCAGUAUUUGAAAAAUUAGACUUCACAAACAGAUGUUAACUUUUCUGGAUAAGCUUGGGAAAUCAAUGACUUGGGGCAGACGUUGGAAAAUUUUAACUAUGUACCUACUCACUUAAGUUAAAAUACUGAAUUAAGAAGUAGUUUUAAUGAUAAGUAAAACUGUAUAUUUCAGACUUUUUUUUUUCUCUCUCUCUAUAAUUUCUAAAAACAUUUUGAGUGUGUUAAGUUUUUGAAUACGAUGGUCUUGAAACUCUUGCCUAGCCUAAGGAAUUCUAGAAAGAAGGAUACAUGUUUUAUCUGUGUUUUUCUUUAGUAGUGUUAAUAGUAUUCUCAAGAUGUAUUCUUCUGGAAGUUAAAUUUGGUCACUUUUGCAGCACACUAAGAAUAUAAUACUUUAGUUCAUGCACAUAAUUACCUAUCUCUCACUUGAAUAUAGCUGAUAAAUAGCCCAACUUCAAUCACAACACCUGCACCAGCAAAUAUUGAUGUUAGCUUACCAAAUGUUAAUAGAUAGCACGAAAGUCUUUUAAUGCAACUUAUUUCAGGAAAAUACAGACUGCCAAUUACAAAUACUGCCCAAUGCUAAUAACUGUGGUAAGCCUUACUAUUGUUUAAGGCCCACCACAAUUGCCACACUCAGGUUGGGUUAUUUCCAAAUUCAGAAUUUCAAGUUUCAUAAUGUUUGGAUAAAAAAAAAUUGUACCCCUCAAAUUUAGACACUUAAUCCUACUCCUAAGUAUGGAACUAUACAACAGCUUCAAAAGUUAGCGGGAGAAACCUUAGGUAGCAAACAAAAAUAAAUGAUCUGCCAUUUCCAAAAAUUAUGAUUAUGUGAACAUCACAUAUUUUGCACAAACCAGAAUUGUACGAAUGAUUACAUUCAUUUGGCUUUACAGAGGAACAACUUUCAAAAACUCUUCAACAUUGUGUACUGUAUACCAUGUUAAGUUUAAUAUAAUCAUCAUCUUAUCAAACGGCUGGUCUGGGUAUAUGUAUUAUUAAAUAAAAUACUUAACAAAUAUUAUUCUACUCAAAAUUUACAGCAGCUGUACAAAUGAUCAGUCUUAUUGUUUUAUCACAACUCAGGGAUGUGAGUAAGAUCAGUCUCUAAACUGAGCUUGGCUGUUGCUUGCUGUUUGACAGCUCAAAUGCGUUUCUUGCUGUUUUGACAGCUCAAAUGCACCGAGCAUCGCUCUCGCUUCACCAGAGGCACACGAUGCAAAGAAAAAGAAACUUUUUUCCUAACAUAGUGUAUGGAACGUGCACCCAACAUAGGCGAUGUGUAGAAACAAGAUUUUAUGAUUUUAUUUUAAGGCCAAUUUUGUUUUUAAAACAGGAGAUUUCAGUGUUGCUGUUUUGUAUUUUUUAUUAAUUCUGUUUAUUCACAAAGAUAGCACCAUUUUCAAUAAAUAUGAAACGUACAUCUUCAAUGAUACCUACUUUACUAAAACAGUGUCAUUUUGACUGAAACAUGCUGCACUUUAAAAUAUAAUAAAUUGUAAUAAGAUUGUCAAAAUGCUGGGAACAAUACAAAUAAAUCAGCAACUUUCUUUAUAUGUGACUAAAAAAUGUACCGAAGUUGGUAUGUAAUAAUUAGUAACAGUUGCAAUAUAAAAAAAGCAAGAAUUUAUUCCAAUCUAUUUAGUAGUACAUACAUUUUGGUACUAACUCCACACUUCAUUGAAUUUAAUGUAUUAUAAGAUUAUAUUUUUGUAAUCUGAGUUCAAAAUUUGAUUAGGUAAAUAUGCUCGUCAAUUUCAUGAUAUUUUGUUGCAUUUCAAUGCUUAUUGGUGUAUUAACUUGAUUUUCGGUGUUAUAUGGUGAAUUGACAUGAUUUUCUGUGUUAUUUUGGCUUUACUGCAGUUCACCAUAUAAUCUUUGUCACUAUUGAUGUAAUAUGUGAUUCUUCACAAAAGUUAAUGCCAUGCUUUUUGCGCACACCUUUACAAACAUAACUCGUCAGGUUUUGCAAAAAACAAGUCUGUUGAACGAGCAAUGUCCACCUCAGUUAUUAUUGCUCAAAAUCCAGACAAUAUUUUCAUAUGCUGAUUCAGAUGUAAUCAUUGUUAUUCCGCUGCACACUGUGGCCAGUGUGGUUGCAAACUGGCAAGUUUCUCCCCGGGUGGGGGGUCUGGGCCUCUCGUGACUUACAGUUUUGAAGUUCUGGACGGUCUCGUGACAAGUAUGGGCGCAAAUAGCUUUUGCAUCCGUCGUAGACGGACAUGGCCACUGUUACGGGGCACGCAAAUAAAUUUUGUAUGACACCAGGUUCCGCUCUGACCUGUCCACGUCACGCAUCGUGUGAAUCCAGCGUCCGGCCUCUUAACUCACGCCCCCAGCACCGUCAUAGCCCACGAAGAAUGUGUUACGACAUCUCCAGGUGUGUUCCAGAUUUUCCACACAGCAUUAAAGUUCGAAUCUUUCAUUUAAAAUAUUUAAAAUGAAAUAAAGAAUUACUUAUCAAAAUUUCUACCAUCAAAUACAAACAUAACACCCAUUUACAAUUCUUAUUAAGCUCACAUCAAUACUUAGUUUUGAAGUAAUCCAAAUAGCAUUCAGCAAUAAUGCUGCCAACCCAGCAAAAAUUAUAGUAGAUGCACAAAAAUAUUAGUGGUUAGAAAGACCACGGAAUAAAAAGGUAUCAUUUCGCCACACAACUUUAUUUGAAGGGCUGUUUCGGUGUCAACAGGGCUGGUGCAUGUAAAAUGUUUUGCUGAUGCCUUCACCCCCUGGAUAUUGAGCACACAUUCAGAUAAGCCUGGAUUUUGUGCAGCCUAGAAUGUAUCAAAAUGUGUUGAGAGAUUUCCUGUAGACAAAAUGAGAAACUAAUACAUUAUGUGUACAGUUUCACAUUAUUUUUUUACUCAUAGGGGCCUAAAUAAAUAUUCUACCUGAACCUUGAACUCAAGCAUACUCAACAAAUUCUGUGAGUGGCAUGUGCCCUCCAGUUCCAACACAGCAGCAAUUUGGAGAAACUCUUGCAAUCUUGGAUUUUUUUAAUAUUUUUCAUCACUUUAAAUUCAGCUUCAGUAUUACGUUUUCUUGUUUUGACAGGGCAUUGCAUGGGACCCAGCUUUGAGUUUUUGUUGAUCAUGAAAUAAUCAUUAUUUCCUCUAGGUUGUUACAAAAUGGGGAUAUUAAUAAAAUUCAGACUGCAAUAAGGUAUAAAAUCUUGCAAAGCUUAUGAUCUAUGACUUGUGCUAAAAAAAUUGUUUUGUAAGGCUAUACCUAAUUAAAAAUCAUUUUUUUACUUUUUUUUUUAACAUUUAAUUUGUAUUUUGAUAUCUCCCAUGCCAUUGUGUAAAAAUAUUUAUAUGUAUGAUCAAAUGGACAAAGAAUUAAUUAAUUAAAUGAUAUGUUGGGAACUAAUUCCCUUAAACAGAAAAGGAAUUUUAGAAGGUUGUGAGUGAGUAUUGUAAAUUAAAUUAAAAGAUAUUUCUGGUACAGCUAGAAAAAACUGUGACUUAAAUUAUACUUAUAUUACAUAUUAGGUAUCAGGUUUUACUUUAAAAAAUGUUAGUGAUAUAAAUUAAAGGAGGGAAUAAGUUUCUAUGUAACAGAAUGAGUAUUCCUGGUGCUCCAGUUGUUAGUCAAUAAUUACUAAAUUUGCUAUAAUAAUGUUAGCAUUUUCCAACUGAGUCACAAUAUUGCACAUUUGAUUUUAUUGUAUGUUCCCUGUUAAUAAAUUAAAUAGCUGGGUAUUUACAGCUCUCGAAAAAAAAGUCUCAAAAUAAAUGGUAGAUGUGUUGGAUUCCAUGAAACUUUCAUAUUCAGAAGCCUUUUGGUAACUUAUAUUUGGUUUUAUGAAUCCUCGCAUCAUUUUAUCGUCACACAUUUAAUUUAAAUAUAAACAGUUGGAGACUGCCCUCUUAAAUAGUGUGGAAAUUAUUUCUGGAAAGGUUUUAGUUGUCUAACAAAAAUUGGCAUGUUCCUGCUAAUGGCAGACAUAGUACUUAUUAUGUUUAGUUUCCUUUUUAUGUAUGAAAAUGAUUAUGUAAUUUAAAAAAGUUGUAAGAAUAUAUUAUUAAAAGGUCCUGAAACUUGUUCACAAAGCAUCUGUAACUACCCUGAAUAGUUGUAAGGUUAAUUUUAAAUUGAUUUAGCUUUUGUGGUGCAAGUAUUACCAUUUUGUGUAGCCAUACAAGACCCAUAGCCGCCUCUCAUAGUCCCAGGCUUAGCCAGAGAUGUGCGUGGGAGCGUUGGUUGCACUCCCAUUUUCACCACUUAUUGUAUUAAGAUAGCAGUAACCAAUGUACUAUACUUUUGCUAAUAGUAAA